UUAAACCGAAUCCAACUUCACUUACGUCGAGAUAUAUAUACCUAACCUCAAACGUCACGUCCCGCGUUAUUUUUAAAAACACGGCGAUUCAUCGUCUUUUUACGAUGAAUUCUAUAAAUAAUAUCCAAAAAUUCCUUAUAUCAAUCGGUACUUUCGGCGGGGUUACAUAUUAUUAUUUAACCAACAAGCAAAAAGAGAAAGUCCACACUUCCUGGACCACCAAUUUUACCCCCUCGACGAAAUGGGAUGAAAAUUGGGAUUUUCGUGCCCCUACAAGUUUGGUUCACCCGAAAAAGCUUAAAAACGAAAUGGGUGAUGUGAAAGAGGACAUGGAUAACUUUUCGAAUUUAAAGCCUGUUGCAACUCGCCAUAUCAUUUUAAUAAGACACGGGCAGUAUAAUUUAGAGGGUAAAACUGAUUCUGAGCGGAUUUUAACUGGAUUGGGGAGAACCCAGGCCGAGUGGACGGCAAAAAGAUUACGCGAAUUAGGACUCCCUUACACAGAUAUUAUUAAAUCAACGAUGAGUCGAGCUCAAGAAACGGGGCACGUUAUUUCGCAACAUUUACCCGAUGUGCCUGUUAAAGAGUGUCAUAUGUUGAGAGAGGGGGCCCCAAUUCCUCCUGAACCACCCGUUGGGCAUUGGAAACCCGGCGUUCAUCAGUUCUUUGAGGAUGGAGCUCGAAUUGAGGCGGCAUUUCGGAAAUAUUUUCAUAGGGCGGAUGUUGAUCAAGCGAAAGACAGUUAUACGGUUCUUGUGUGUCACGCAAACGUUAUUAGAUACUUUAUCUGCAGAGCGUUGCAAUUUCCUCCAGAAGCUUGGUUGAGAUUAUCAUUAAAUCAUGCGAGUAUAUCAUGGAUAUCGAUAACUCCUUCAGGGAGGGUUAUUUUAAGGGCUUUAGGCGAUAGUGGACAUAUGCCCGCUAAUGUGAUAACUAGUCAUUAAAAAAAAACGGGGCGUUGUGAUGAUUUUGUAUGUUUGGAUGAUUAAAAAAAUUCGUAGAGGA